GACCCAGACGCUUGGGUCUUGGGGAAAUGGAUUAGGGGUAGGACCCUAGGAUCUCCCGGAGUGGGAUCGUUUGGGAUGCUGAUGCGUAGGUUCCAGAGGGACUGCAUUGGUGCCUGAGUCUUGGGAGGGCGCACUGGUGUCCAAAUGCCACGAUCCCGAGGUCCGGACGCCUGAGAUCCCGACGGAGAUUCACUAGGACUCUGGCUUACCACACACGCCACAUUCUUUCUGUGUCUUCCUCUAGGUCUCCCCUCUACCCUCCACGACCCCACCUCCACGCCGGAUGAAAUUUAGCAACAAGGAAGAAAUUUAGCGGUUCAGGUGGGUCAAUGGACUGACACUAAGCCAAAAGGCCAUCCUUUAGGUUUCUGGGCCAGCAAGAUGCUGGAGCGAGAUGCGGAGUCCGGGUCUGAGGCCACAGAUCCUAGUCUUGAAGACAAGGAACCAGUGACCAAAGAAGCUCCUCACCAGGGUUCGUCCAAGAAGUCCUACCAGUCGGCUCCAGGGCCUGCUGCAUCCACAGGGGCACCAUCUCGACCCCGCCGGCGACCCCCACCCCAACGCCCACACCGAUGCCCUGACUGUGACAAGGCUUUCUCUUACCCGUCCAAGCUGGCCACGCACCGAUUGGCACACGGUGGUGCCCGCCCCCAUCCAUGCCCUGACUGCCCCAAAGCCUUCUCCUACCCUUCCAAGCUGGCAGCCCACCGCCUCACACACAGUGGCGCCCGCCCGCACCCGUGCCCCCACUGCCCAAAGGCCUUUGGCCACCGUUCCAAGCUGGCAGCCCACCUCUGGACCCACGCACCUGCCCGCCCCUACCCAUGCCCAGACUGUUCCAAGUCCUUCUGCUACCCCUCCAAACUGGCUGCCCACCGACACACGCAUCAUGCCACGGAUGCCCGCCCCUAUCCUUGCCCACACUGCCCCAAGGCUUUUUCAUUCCCUUCCAAAUUGGCUGCCCAUCGACUAUGUCACGACCCCCCCACUGCACCGGGCAGCCAGGCCACAGCCCGGCAUCACUGCUCCAGCUGCGGCCAGGCCUUUGGCCAGAGACGCCUCCUGCUCCUUCACCAACGCAGCCGCCACCACCAGGCUGAGAGUCAGGGGGAGCGGGAGUGAGCCCUCUCCUUGGCUCACUGGCCCCCUCUGCCACCAGCUCCAGUAAAUAGAGGUGGCAUUUCUAAACAAGGCUCUAUGGAUUUGCCUCUUCUAGCUGGCAGGGAGGUUGGCCCCCAUACUAGGUUCUAACUUAAAAGAUGGAGGAACUCUUUGCUCACCCAUUUUGGGGAAGGGAAUGUGCCACACCAGGGACCUGGAGCUGUGGUGUGAAAGGAUUGGCUCUGAUUUUUCCCUGACUACUCACUUGGCAAAUGUAAAAAGUCUGCUAGCAUCGUGGGUUGGUGAGAAGUGUGGGGAAACAGGCUCUCUCCAUAUUGUUGUAAGUUAAAUUGGUGCCUCCAGUUUGGCCAUUUGACUGUAUCUAUAAAAUACUUAAAUGCACUUUUGUUCGUGUCAACUAUUCCACUUCUAGGAAUUUAUCCUAAAAAUAAACUCAACACGUGAGCAAGGCAUAAGGACAAGGAUGUUCAGUGCAGCGUGAUGGUUGUGCCAAAAGAUGGGAAACAACCAAAGUGUUCAUCAAUUGGAGACCAGCUAAUUAAUUACAAUACAGCCAUAGAAUAGAAGAUGUAACUGUAGGGGGAAAAAGUCAGCUCUAUAUGUACCAAUGUGGAAAGAUUCCCAAGAUAUUAUACAUGAGAAAAGCAAGAACAAGAGGUAUACUAUUGAUAGGAUAAGAAAUUUUAAAGCCCUAGCUUUGGAGCCAACCCUGACCCACUACAUAUUAGCCAAGGGGCCUUGGACAAAAUUUCGUCACUUCUCUAGACUCAGAUGCCUUAUCUGUAAAGUGGGAGUGUUAUAAGGCCCUUGUAAGGGUGCAAGCAGCAGCAUCUUGGGCAGAGUCAGUUCCCUUCUUGGAGCUAGUCUCUCCCACUAUAAAAUCAAAUGAUCAAGCUAACAUUGAUUGGACUGCUCUUCAUUCUACACACUAAGCACCUACUGUGUGCUAGGACCCUCACAGGGUACUAGGAACACAGCAGUAAACAAGACAGACCUGGUCUAGUGAGAGAAGUGGGCACUAAUCAAGUAGUGGCAAUAAAAGUAAAGGAGCUAAGUCCACUUUGAAUAACAAGUAGGGGAGCCUUGGUCCUGACAUGUGACAACCCCCACCUGUAGAUCAGGGGUGGGCAAACUUUUUCUGUAAAGGGCCAGAUAGUAUAUAUUUUUAGGUUUUGCAGGCCAUACAGUGUCUGCCACAACUACCCAACUUUGUUGUUGUAGCACAAAAGCAGCCACACACAUUAUGAUACAUGAAUGAAUUUGUGGCUGGGUUUCAAUAAAACUUUAUUUACAAAAACAGCGAGUGGGCUGGAUUUUGCCUAUGGACUGCAGUUUGCCAACCCCUGCUAUAGAUGAGUAGGGAAAGGACAGGCUAAUCUGUGGGUGAGCUGAGGUGAAAAAAAAUGAAAUGAGAGGGACCCUGUGGUAGGCAGAAUAAUGGUCCCCCCAAAUUGUCCUCAUCCUAAUCCCCAGCACCUGUAUAUUAGCUUACACCUGGCGCAAUGGACUUUGCAGAUAUGAUUAAGGAUUUUGAGAUGGGAAUAUUAUCCUGAUUAUUCCAGUGGGCCCAAUGUAAUCACAAGGGUUCUUAUAUGGGAAAGAGGGAAACAGAAGAGUCAGAGAAGGAGAUGUGACAAUGGAAGCAGAGAUUGGAGUGAUGUGGGAUCACGAGUCAAGGAACUUGGCAGCCUCUAGAGGCUAAAAAAGUCAAGAAAAUGAUUCUCCCUUUGAGCCUCUAGAAGGAACCUAGGCCUGCCGCCACCAUUUUGGCCUAGAGACUGAUUUUGGACUGCUGACCUCCAGAACUACAAGAAAAUAAAUGUGUAUUGUUUAAAGUCA